CGUCUGUGCUUUAUUUUCAAAGCAAGGGGGGAAGCGCCACGCGGGAAGAUGUUGACAAUGGCGCAGGCGACAAGUCAGCGAAUGUUGUUUUUUUAAAUUUCCACUUGGUGACAGAACAACGUCCGUCAGUCUGUCGCGUUAGCUAAUCCGUCGGUUCAGUUCACAUUGUCUCAGACACAACGUUCACACACGUGUCUGUCAACACGCACGUUUGUGUCGCCGUCAAAAGCUUCGGAGUGAUACUAUUGUAAUAGUAUUCCCGUAGCGUCGUGCAUGGCUACGGUUCUCUUUUUAAAAACAUCAUGUCAGCACGUAACAACUUGCUAAACUCCUUUGAGUCGCCGGGACGUGUCAGCUGCGCCGCCGCAGACCUCGAUGAAGAGGAACCACUCCCACUCCCAGUGCAUCCAUCUGAAACGACUCCCGAGCUGCUAAUCGUGACAGAUCAUUCUUCAACGUGAAACAGACGUUUGACAACAUAACCUUAAUUCAAGGUGAAGGUCGGAGCUCUCUGACGAAGACGCUCAGAUGAGGCUGGAGGUCACACAAAAAGCUGGACAGUAAACCCUCUUAUACUGAACUGACAUCAGAGAUCAGUCUCAAUCUUUGCAGUGUAUUCAAAUGAAGGUGAAGCAGAUCUUCCCAGGACAGUUCCAGAUGAAUUUGAUUACAUGUUUUGGAAAAUGGUGUUAAAACAAGCAACUGAGACCAGACGAACCACAGAGGCGUCGAAAAACUGGACAGAGGAUUCACCCGUCUCCUCCGAGAUGAUACAUUGUUCGGACUGAAGACGCAGAGCUUUGGGGAAAAAAUGCAAACAAAGAUGUCGUCACUGUCCAGGAGAACGGAGACACUGAAGUGAUGGAGAGCAGAGAGGAGAGCCCUGCACAUGACCAAGUCCCCACACCUCCAGAGCGAGGACUUCUCCACAUCUGGCAGUCAGCGGGGCCCAGUGAUCAGCUCUGUCCGCAGCGAGUGCUGCUUUCCAGGCCGGUUCUGCAGGUCACCCUGGGAGAACACCAUGGACUCCUGCUGACACAGGGCGGGCAGGUGUAUUCAUUCGGAGAGCUGCUGUGGAGGGAUCUGAGCAUCUCGUUGUCUGCCCCGGUGCUGGAGGAGUCUCUGCUGGGGAAGACGGUGGUGCGUGUGGCUGCCGGCGGCUUCCACUGUGGUGCGCUGAGUGAGCAGGGCAGCAUCUACAUGUGGGGGGAGAACACUGCAGGACAGUGUGGACAGACUGAGAGGGGCACUGCCACAAACAUCACAGUUUCAGAUCCGAGCCCAGUCAGUGUCGUGGACAGCGAGGCCGCUCCUCCUGCGGUGGUUCGGGUUGUGGAUCUGGCCUGUGGACGGGAGCACAGCCUGGCUCUGUCAUCUCAGAAUGAGCUGUGGGCCUGGGGCAGUGGCUGCCAGCUUGGCCUGGUCACAAACAAUUUUCCUGUGUGGAGACCACAGAAGGUGGAGCACUUGGCUGGCAGACAUGUUAUUCAGGUGGCUUGCGGCGCCUACCACAGCCUGGCCCUGGUUCGCAGUUUACCUCCUCAGAGCAACCAUACCCCGAACCCCCCUGAAAAGAGAGAGCGGGGCCAGUCACCUCACUACUCGGCGACAGAGAGGGAGGACCCGUUUACAGUUGAUGAUGCUCACUACUGUCCGCUGGGAGUGGAGCUGACUGAAGUGUUGACAGGCGAGACCUCUCCCAGGAGAGGAGGCCCCAGACGAAGGCUCCAACCUCGGGGGAGGUCAGCUGGCCGCAGCCCUGGCUCUGGAACUGCUGCAUGCCCAUUUUCUGAAGAUGGAAAAUCUAGCAAUAAACAGAGGAAUCCAUCUGUUGGCGCCAAUUUUGAGCCUGACGUGACUCAGACAGACGGACGCCCCAAGUCCCACCCACUGUCAUGCUGGACAGCCAAUAAGAACUCAGCAUUCCCUGAUGAGCUGGAGCUACAGAACAUCCUCCAGAAACUGUCUGGUCACUCGUUAGAGCCUCAUCACUCAGCACAAGGGGAUACUGACUCACUGAGCAGUCACACGUCAGAUGACAGCUGUGUUUCCUCAACUCCUUCCGUGGAUCUGUUCUCUUCCAUUUUCAAAGACGAAUCACCAAUCAAGAGUCAGGCCACGAAUAAAAGUGGAGUGUCUGGGCCGUACUCCUCCUCCCCCGUGUGCUUGGAAGACGUUCGGCUCUGUCUGGAGGCGGAGAAGAAGGCAGUGCAGGGGCUGAAGAGUUCCAGUCUUACAAAUAUAAACCAGAAGGGGGAAAAGGCAGGAAACAGGAGACGCUCACUGCCUGGAACACCCACUCAUGGUUCCCCACGGCGCCGGCGGCCGUGCGCCUGUAGGCCGUCCUCUGCUAGUCGGACCAAGGCUGCAGCAUUAGAGGAGUCAGGAGACGAGUUGCCGUCUCUGGAGACAGAAGUCUGGAGCUGGGGGCGUGGGUCUGAGGGGCAGCUGGGUCAUGGAGAUCAGCUCGCUAGACUCCAGCCUCUGUGUAUCAAGUCUUUGACAGGCGAGGAAGUGAUCAAAGUUGCCGCAGGAUCACAUCAUUCACUGGCCCUCAGUGCUCAGUGCAAGGUAUAUUCAUGGGGCAGCAACAUGUGUGGACAGCUGGGUCAUGUCAACAGCCCUGUCACUGUUCCUCAGCAAGCGAAGCUGUCUGACGGUCUCCGGGUUUGGGACGUGUCAGCGGGUCAGAGCCACUCCCUCCUGCUGGCUGACGGAGACUGUGUCCAGCCGAUCCUGUUGUACUCCGGCCAGCAUCAAGAGCCAAUGUCAGCGCAAAGGGAGAGGUCACAACGGUCAUGCCAAAGGUCACCAAACAGGGCGGAGAGUUAUACAGUCAGACCCACCCUGCUGCCUUUGUGCAUGGAGAUGGGUUAUAUUAGCAGUGUGAGCUGUGGCGGGCAGAGCUGCGCGGUGUUGGCAGACCAGAAUGUCAUGGGCUUCAUCUCGGCUAUCCACGAGCUGUCGUCCAGAGAGAGACACUUCUACUGCUGGUUGAGCAAAGUCAGGAAGCUCCUUCUCACCCCCCUUUGUAAUAGAGAGGGUGUGUGCCCGUCAAUAGGUGAGCCGUGCACUCAUCUCUUCUUCUCUCUCUGUGAGAGCUUUUUUCGCCUGAGGGCCCUGAUUGGUCGACACUCCACGGCACUCAGCUACUUCCUGCAUGAUGUGCAGCGCUGUGAUGUCACCUCCCUUCCACUCCUGACACACACUGAUGACUUCCUGGACAUUUAUAAAGAGUAUUGCUCUGCACUAGGGAACUUCCAAGUGAUGGGUGGAUUCCAGUCACUCCACAAACUCUCACUUGAGUUUUUAGGUUCUCAGCAGGCCACGCUCGUCCAGCUGUGUGUUCCAGAUCAGUCUGUCAGUGGUGUUGCUGAUCUGGUUUCGUUGCUGUACUGGCCUCUGCAGCAGCUCCACCAGUACAGCCGGGUUCUGCUCAAAAUGGCAGCCUGCUAUGAUGUGUUAACUGUCGAGUAUCAGUCCCUCCAUCAGGGCUGCAGUCAGUAUGAGUCCCUGUCUUCGUCCCUGUUGAGGAGGAAGAAGGAAGCUGAGACCACAUUCCACUUCUGGAAGACCCACUCUGGAAAAAUGACAGAGGUUCUACGUCUCCCACGGCGUCGUGUAGUGUGUGAAAGCAGCAGCAGAUCUCUGACCCUGCAGAACGCCGGGCGGUUCUCCAACCACUGGUUCAUACUGUUCAACGAUGCCCUGGUGCACACACAGGGUGCCAUUCCCUCUCAGAGCUUUUUCUCCACACAUCACAUCUACCCUCUGACCUGCCUGUGGGUGAAACCAGUCACCGAAGACAGCAGCGGACUCUACGCCAUCAGAAUCACAUGUCCAGAGGAGAGUUUCACCAUGGUUGCCUCAACACCACAGGAAAAAAACAAGUGGCUACGAUCUCUUAACCAGGCGGUGGAUCAGAUGCUGGGUGGUGGAAGUCAGGGGUCAUCACCGGGGGUGACGGCGAUAUCUCGCACAGCCUCCUACAAAUUCGCUGCAGAGGGACGGUUUAAGGACGCCCAGUACACCGGGGGCUGGCUGGCAGGACGAGUUCACGGCAGAGGAACCAUGAAGUGGCCAGAUGGCCGAACGUACGUCGGGAACUUUAAGAAUGGACUGGAGGAUGGCUAUGGGGAGAGUAUUUUACCCAACAAAGUGCUAAAUAAACCAGACAGCUACCAAGGGCACUGGAGAGAUGGCAAGAUCCAUGGUUUCGGCAAGUACAAGUAUGCCAGUGGCGAGGUGUACGAGGGCUGUUUCUGUGACGGGCAGCGCCACGGUUACGGCAUGCUGAGCUCAGGUAAACAAGCCAGGGCGACAUCCAGCGUUUCCAUUGGACAUUGGUUCCAGGACAGGAAGACAGGAUAUGGAGUCUCCGAUGACAUCACCAGAGGUGAGAAGUAUAUGGGAGGUUGGCUGGACGACCAGAGGCACGGCAGUGCUUUGGUUGUAACCCAGUACGGCAUGUACUAUGAAGGGACCUUCAAAGAGAACAAGAUGAGUGGUCCAGGGCUGUUGGUGUCAGAUGACGACACGGCUUUCCAUGGGGAGUUUUCUGAUGACUGGACUAUCAAUGGGAAGGGUGUUUUGUCCCUGCCUAACGGUGACUGUCUCGAGGGCCAUUUCAGUGGAGAGUGGAGCAAAGGGCUGAAGGUGGUUGGAACAUUCACCAAACCAGCUAUCGAUGAACCUGAUAACAAAGAUAGAAACAGCCUCUUGAGGUUGGGUCAGUACGUGGUGCCUGCAGGUCAGAGGUGGAGCUGUGUGUUCGCUGAAUGUUGGAGUCGACUGGGCUGUGAUGCAGCUGGGAGAGGAGAGAGAAAUACAGCCUGGGAGAACAUCGCUGUUACAAUAACAAUGGCACAACGGCACAGCCUCGACCUCAGUAGGUCUGAGAGCAAAGUAUUGGAGUGUUUGGAGUUUAUUCCGCCGGAAGGAGAAUCUGUCACCACUGCAAACUACGACAACAUACGAAGAUAUCUCAUCAAGGCAUGCGAGACCCCCAUCCACCCCCUAGGUUGGCUGGUGGAGACGUUGGUGACCGUCUACAGGAUGACAUACGUUGGCGUGGGAUCCAACCGCAGGCUCCUCAGACAGGCUGUGCAGGAGGUCCAGGCUUACCUCACCCAUUUCUUCACCAUUGUCAGUUUUCUGUUUCCCGGGUUACCAGAUGAUGGCGGCAUAAUCCCAGACCCCCCUGCCUCUCCAUCCAAAAGCAGACACAGUUCUAACACAGAAGGGCAAGGUGUUGUGGUGGUGAGCUGCUCCUCUCUGCUCCUCCCUCUGCUGCUCCCUCCACUCUACCCUCCUCUUUUUACCCUGUACUGCCUGCAGGAGGAGCAGGAGGAGGCCCAGUACUGGGAGCGCAUCCUCCGACUCAACAAACAGCCCGACCAGUCACUGCUCGGCUUCCUGGGAGUGCAGGAGAAGUUCUGGCCGGUGUGGAUGUCAAUUCUGGGAGAAAAAAAGGAGAUUGUUUCCAGCAGCAAAGAGGUCUGCUUUGUUUCUGCCGUAGAGACGCUCCAGCAAAUCAGCACCACCUUCACUCCAUCAGAUAAACUCCUGGUCAUCCAGAAAACGUUUGAGGAGUUGACUCAGGAAGUCAAACCGACGCUGGCUGGGGAUUUCCUGUGGUGCAUGGACGACCUGCUCCCCCUCUUCCUCUACGUGGUUCUCAGAGCAAGGAUCAGGAACCUUGGAGCUGAGGUCAGUCUGAUAGAAGAUCUGAUGGAUCCAAAUGUUCAGCACGGAGAGAUGGGACUGAUGUUCACAACACUGAAGGCCUGUUUUAUCCAGAUCCAGCAUGAGUCCACUACGUAGGAAAUGGGCAGGAAGACGCCUGCAACAGCGACCCAGCGCUGGGAAGCUGCGCUGCGGCUGCGGCUGCACGGACAGAAAGCAGAGGGAGGGACUCCAGAGUUCCCCCUGACUAAAGGAAUGUAACACAUCGCCCUCCUGUGGACAUGUUGGGAAGCUGCAUUAUUCUCUUCAUAACACGGUAACAGGUGGCAACUGUAGAUUUUCAGCAAUACUUCUUGUAAUACAUCAGCUCAGUUUUCAAUUUUAAGCUGAGUAACUGACAGUACUGAACAAUAGUUUAUAUUUUAUAAUAUUUCCCUAAAGUUUAACUCAUUAGAAUAGACAAGACACUGUGAGGUGUUGGACUAUAUAUUUGUCCUGUUUCUUCUGCUGUUCAUUAGAGCUUCAUAACACACCAUGCAAAGGGACCUAACUUCUAAAGUGGAGUAGCAAGUUAACAGUGGAUUUACCACAGAAAAUGGUGUGGUAUGGUAUGCUGUUGGUUGGUUUUGGUUUUGCACUUAAGAAUGUUUUUAGAACAUGUAGCAUUUUAUAUGGCGGCCUGAGCACUUUGUUUUCAUUACUUUCCACUGAUCUCAGAUUAUCUACAUGAGACUCAGACCUUAGUGAGCAGCUGCAGCAGCUCGAGAACAAACUGGAUGAGAAGUUUGGCUUUUCUAACAGAAUUAACUGUACAAAUUCCCCUAGUUUUAUUCUCUUUGUGAAAACAGAGGAAACUGCUGUAGGUACUUAAUGGCUCAGUUGUGUUGUUAUAUUUUUUCCUCAUAAGCCAAACCAAAAUCACUUGCUCAGAAAGCUGUAGUAACGGAAAGGGAAGGUUUUAAUUUCUCUUGCAACAACUUGUAUGUAAGUGUUAAUUAUGCAAAUUUAAAUAACAUAAAUCAGGUUUUCAUCCCCU